CAUCUACUUAAGUCUAGUCCGAGACUUAGAGUAUACAAAUGACAGUGCUAGUAUCCUCCCAUAGGAAUGUCUUCAGGCUGCUAACACUGGGACUCGUCUUCCACGUCGUGUUCAUUGCUUCUGUUUUUGACUGCUACUUCACUAGCCCAGUCGUUCAUGGCAUGCUUCCUCGCAGGGCUGGUCCUGGGGAAGCAAAACGGGUCGUUCUCAUUGUGGACGGUCUACGCGCAGACCUUCUAUUUGGUGUAAACGCGUUCUCUUUGGUACCUUCCUCCCCACAAAUCAUAGCGCCUUAUUUGCGCGAUAUUGUCCAGACACGAGGGGCAUUUGGAUUGUCGCACACUCGAGUACCAACGGAAAGUCGACCUGGGCAUGUUGCAAUCAUUGGGGGUAUGUAUGAGGAUGUCUCUGCGGUGACCAAGGGCUGGAAAACAAAUCCGGUUCACUUUGACUCUGUGUUCAAUCAAUCCGGCCAUACUUUCUCCUUCGGCUCUCCAGAUAUAUUACCAAUGUUCGCCCAAGGUGCAACCCCCGGAAAAGUUGACGCUUGGAGCUAUGAUGAGGAGGACGAAGACUUUACCAAAGAUGCCACCGCUCUAGAUAUCUGGGUAAUAGACCAACUUCGGACGUUGUUCCAGAAUGCAUCAUCGGACGCCUCGCUUGAUUCACAAUUGCGUGCUGACAAAGUGGUGUUCUUCCUGCACCUCCUUGGUCUGGAUACCACUGGUCACUCGUACAGGCCACACUCCAAGGAGUACAUGAACAAUAUCCAAGUCGUUGAUCGCAUCGUCCAACAAACAGAAGAACUUUUCUCUGACUUCUACCACGAUGAAGAGACGAGCUUCAUAUUUACCGCUGACCACGGUAUGUCCAAGAUCGGCAAUCAUGGCGAUGGCGACCCAGACAACACGCGUACACCACUAAUUGCAUGGGGGCGGGGCGUCAGGGGCCCACUUCCUGACAGCAUACCUUCUUCGCACGAUGAUUACUCUCGGCCCUGGCAACUGGAUGACCUUCUUCGACGAGACGUGGAACAGGCGGAUCUUGCACCUCUGAUGGCUGCACUGCUUGGUAUCAACUAUCCGGUGAAUUCAGUGGGAGUUCUCCCUGAUGUAGACCCUACGCAACCUGGCUACUUGCUACCACGAGGGGGAGAAUCAGCCUUGGCUCACCUUGCAUUGGCAAACGCGGAAAGUAUUUUAGAACACUACCUGGUGAAACACGAAUCGAAAGCUGCGCAAACCAUUUUAUACAAGGCUUUUGAACCUUUGGAAGAACUCCGUCAAGAUGGGAAGCCGUCAAGAGUAGCUUGGGUAUCCAAGAUAGAACAUCUGAUCAAUGAUGGGAAAUGGUUUGAAGCUCGUCAAGAGACAGCUGAACUCAUCAAGAUCACUCUCCAAGGUCUUCGGUAUCUUGAAACGUAUGAUCGAGUACUCAUACGGGUCAUCGUCAUGACGGCCUAUCUGGGAUGGGCUGCUUAUGCAUCAUUGUCGAUCUUACCUCCGCCUAUUUCCUCGGUCACAGCCAGUCAACGCGCCAUAGUCAGAAUUGCCGCUGCAGGUGUAUUAGUAAUAUUCUGGGCGCUCUUUGCUGUACAGAAAGCUCCGUGGACAUUUUAUCUCUACGUGACUUUCCCCUGCUACUUCUGGCAGCAAUUCGCGCUUCAUGGAGUUCCUGUCUUUGUGCAACAAUUUAAGUUGAGCAGCAGACCCGGACCUUUUACCGGCAGAGUGCUAUUCCACUUGGUUAUCGUGGUGGUUGUGCUCCAGUGUAUGGUUGCUGCCUACACUCACCGGUCGCUCUGGAGCGUUGGUUUCUUGGUUAUGGGCACUUUAUGGCCGUAUGCUUCGUGGCCAAGUGAUAUUUGGUCGCAGAAGCCGAGGCUCUUACUUUCUUGGAUGAGUACUUGUCUUGCGACUGGCAUAUUCCCUCUUCUUAGUGUUGACAAGAAAGAGAAUAUAUAUAUGAUUAUGUGUGGAGGAGCGACAAUCCUUGCAGUUGGCGCAGGUUGCUUGCGUUUGGCGUCGAAUGGUGUUCCGAAAGCCGUGAAACUAUCCGAGACCAUCCAGGUGUCGUUUAUCUUACUCACCAUGGCGAUUACUGCAAGCUCGGUGAAAAGUCUACAAGCGAAGCAGGGAUUGCCAAUCAUCAACCAGACUCUAGCAUGGGUCAUACUUGUUGUAUCGUCGAUACAUCCAUUCAUCUCCAAAGCGCAGCACCGCACCCCGACCUCCAGAAUCAUAUCGCUCUUCCUGGGUUUCGGCGUAUGCUUUAUCAUUCUUUCGAUCAGUGUUGAAGGCCUAUUCUAUGCCGCCUUCACAUGCAAUUUACUUGUAUGGAUAGAAGUUGAAGGAGCCAUCCAGUCAAAUCGAGCUGGGGCUGCUUCGCAGAACCAAGGAUACAAGUUUCGCACAGAUGAUAUCAGAAUAGCACUCUUUUUCUUGUUUUUCGUUCAGGUGGCUUUCUUUGGAACCGGAAAUGUUGCUUCAAUUUCAUCGUUCUACUUGGAACCUGUCUAUCGUCUAGUGCCAAUUUUUAAUCCAUUCUUGAUGGCAGCUUUACUGAUAUUCAAAAUCGUCGCUCCAUAUGUGAUUUUGUCGGCUGUUUUUGCCACUUUGAAUGCAAAGCUCCACCUGCCGCCGUUUUCACUAUUUCUAGUUGCUCUGACGCUCACUGAUGGGAUGACGAUGUCGUUUUUCCUGAACGUCACGGAUACUGGAUCGUGGUUGGAGAUUGGACAAUCAAUCAGCUUCUUUUGCAUAACUUCUCUAUUAUUGGUUUGGUCAGCUGGUAUCUGCGCAGCUGGGGAGUACCUCAUGGUAGAUACGUUAUCGUCCCGUACGUCCACGGACAGUCGCAAGCUAGAAUGAUGCCUGCCUUUGCACCAUGUUUCAAGAACGAACGAUGCACCUCUACCGCACAACGUCCCAUGCACGAAAUCUCACUUGGCCUGCUACUGAUAAGACAAUGGCACGAUAACGCAUAUUUGCAGCCACAGAACAAAGAUGUGUCAUUGUGAACAACAGUGGAUGCGGCGAAGUAAUGCAAUGCAUAUUAAAUGCUAGGAGAUGUACAGACCACGGUCAAAGCUCCGAUGCCCUUCUCCCU